AUCYACCAAGACUCACCCUGGCCCAGUUGUACAUUUAAGUGACAGCCCAAGAGACGAGGGAAAACUGUUGAUAGGCUAUGAAAAUGGGACUAUUGUGUUCUGGGAUUUACGAUCUAAAAGAGCUGAUCUGAGGGCUUAUUAUGAUGAGGCUAUUCAUUCUGUUGCUUGGCAUCAUGAAGGGAAACAGUUCAUGUGUAGUCACUCUGAUGGCAGYUUGACCCUAUGGAAUCUGAAAAGCCCUAACAGACCAUUCCAGACCACAAUUCCACACGGAAAAGUUCAAAGAGAUGGAAAAAAACCUGAGUCGUGUAAACCAAUUCUUAAAGUAGAGUACAAGACCUGUAAAAACAGUGAACCAUUUGUGAUAUUUUCUGGUGGAUUGUCCUAUGAUAAGCCUUGUCGAAGACCAAGUUUAACAAUCAUGCAUGGGAAAGCAAUUACAGUUCUUGAAAUGGAUCAUCCCAUAGUUGAUUUUUUAACUCUUUGUGAAACCCCGUAUCCAAAUGAAUUUCAAGAACCCUAUGCUGUGGUUGUGCUUUUGGAAAAAGAUCUCAUUGUUGUUGAUCUGACACAAAGCAAUUUUCCAAUCUUUGAAAAUCCAUAUCCUAUUGACAUUCAUGAGUCACCUGUUACCUGCACAGAAUAUUUUGCGGACUGUCCUCCAGAUUUGAUCCCUGUACUCUAUUCUGUAGGAGCAAAACAUAAAAAGCAAGGAUACAGCAAUAAGGAGUGGCCUAUCAGUGGUGGAGCAUGGAACCUGGGAGCUCAGACAUAUCCUGAAAUCAUUAUUACAGGCCAUGCAGAUGGAUCAGUAAAAUUUUGGGAUGCUUCUGCCAUUACUCUACAGAUGUUGUACAAAUUAAAAACAUCAAAGGUCUUUGAAAAACAGAAAGCAGGAGAAGGCAAAGCAACAGCUGAGAUUGURGAAGAAGAUCCUUUUGCUGUUCAGAUGAUGUACUGGUGUCCUGAAAGCAGAAUUUUCUGUGUGGCUGGAGUUUCUGCAUAUGUGAUUGUUUACAGGUUCAGCAAACAUGAAGUAAAUACUGAAAUUACAUCUCUAGAGGUACGACUUCAAUGUGAAGUAGAAGACAUCAUUACUCCUGAACCAGAAACAAAUCCUCCAUUUCCAGAUGCCUCCUCCCAGCUUCCUUCUUUAAAGAGUCUUUCAGGCAGUACCAACACUGUGGCAUGUGAAGGAACAAUGAAGGAUAGCAUCCCAUGUCUUAGUGUGAAGGCUCGACCUGUGCGGAUGCCUCCUGGCUACCAGGCAGAUCUUGUUAUCCAGCUGGUGUGGGUGGAUGGUGAACCUCCACAACAAAUUACCAGUCUUGCUGUAAAUUCUGCUUAUGGACUAGUGGCAUUUGGGAACUGCAAUGGUUUGGCUGUGGUGGAUUUCAUGCAGAAGACAGUUCUGCUGAGCAUGGGCACCCUGGAGCUCUACGGAUCCAGCGAUCCCUACCAACGUCAACCCCGCUCACCGCGCAAGAGCCGCCAGUUUGCUGCAGACAACUUUUGCAUGCGUGGCCUGUCUAACUUUUAUCCAGAUUUAACGAAACGGAUCCGUACUUCCUAUCAGA